AUAAGUAAGUAUAAAUGAAUAAAACAGAUCACAUUUCUCUCUUCCGGUAUUUUGACUCUGUGUUACUGUUUUAUUUUCAGUACAUUUUAUCAAAUAGUAUCCUGUGCCUAACAAAAUAUCAUGUUCCCCUUAUACUAACCACAAGCUGCCUCUGUGGGGAGGUCUAUGUUUAUCUUGAUGACUUGCAAAACGUUAGUCUCUUACUAGUUUUGCCUUAAACAGAAAUGACAGCUGAAAGAAGACUUCCUUGAAUAUAUUUGCUGCAACAGCCUAGCCAGUGAAGGGGAAGCUGCUUGUCACAAACUUUGUGGACCUCUAACCAAUACCAAAUCAAGAGUCAACCUGAGUGAGAAACGGCGUAGAUGAAACUAGACUUCAAAGAUAACUUACACAUAACUGAAGAAAAAAAUUGAGAUAAUAUCAAACUGAGCUGUGAAGACAAAAUAUGGAGAAUCUAUUACUCUUGUCCCCUCACUCAAAUACCACUUCCAGAAUGAGAUCGCUGUAUAAAAUUGUGAGAUCUAAGAAUAAAGAAGAGGAAAAAGCAGAAACAAACAGCAGGACUCAGGAAAAAAGGAACCGGCUAAGUCUUUUACAGAAGUCUGAACUGCACCCAGAUUUAAAUUUGGACAAAUUUGAAAGAUUAACAAAGGGUUCAAGUGAACCUCCUGACGUGAUAAAGAAGUGGGGUGAAUCUUUUUACAAUCUGAUUUCACAGAAAGCUGGAGUAGAUACAUUCACACAAUUCCUAAGAAGUGAGUUUAGUGAAGAGAAUAUUGAGUUUUGGAUGGCAUGUGAAGAUUACAAGAAAUGUAAAGAUGCUUCUCAACUUUCACUUAAAGCACAGGCAAUUUAUGAAACAUUUAUUGAAAAAGAAGCACCAAAAGAGGUUAACCUUGACUUUAACACCAAAGUGUGCACCAGUGAGAAUAUGAGCCAUCCAACACUGAACACGUUUGAUGCUGCACAGAACAAAAUCUACGCCCUGAUGGAACAAGACAGUUACCCACGUUUCCUAAAGUCUGACCUUUACUUAGAUAUGGUCCAUGGCCAACCACGCGGCCAUUCUGCUCUUAGAAGGAGAUCACGCUCUUUUACCUUCAAUGAAUUCAAAGAUGUUCAACCAGAUUUUGCGAUCUGGAUGUAAAUAAAUAUAUAUUACACAACCUUUUGAUGAUAAGACAUUACAGACGAUAAUCACCACAGGUGACUUUAUAUGAGUGUCACUUCCCCAGGUCCCAUGGAUGAUCAGAUUUUUAUUUCCCAGGAAUUUGUGACAAUGGCCUCAAGUGGUCAGUUACCUGGUAAAGAUGACACUCUCAUUUACAACAAAGUGAUAUCAACUCAGACAUAAUGUUUCUAAAGUGCAUAUGUAUCUUUUCAUGCCAUGUACAAAAUCUAAAUAAAAAGUGCUAUAUUAAACUACAGCCCUAUACUCAGGGUGCAUCUAUAAUGUAGAAUAAAUGCAGUUUCACACCAAUUUUAUAGUCAUAGUUCAAUGAUAUGGAAUCAUGGGAGCUGUAAUUUUACAAGGUUUUUACAAGGUUUUCACCAAACCACAAAUCCCAUGAUACCAUAGUAAUGAGCCAUGACAAGACAAAGAAGUCAAACUACAUUCAUUCUUCAGUGUAGAUAUGCCCUUAGUUAGCUAGGGAUAAGAAUCUUUAAACUCAAUGUGUUUUACAGUUAAGCAGAUAGGGGAAGAGCAGGUGCUUUGCAUGUAGAAAAUUUCAGGUUGAGUCCAUGGCAUUCUCAUGCAGGUCAGAAAAAUAUCCUGUCUGAAAAAAAUAUAUUGUCAGCUAUUGUUGCCAAAUAUACUAAGUUAGAUGGACCAAUAGUCUGAUUUAAUGCAAGACAGUGCCAGUAUACAUACAUUUCUUUAUAUAAAUAUAAAUACAUCUUUAUUUGUAUCCCAACACCAUAUCCCUGAGGGGACUCGGGAGGGCUCACAGAAGUACUGCAACAAUACACAAGUAUAAAUACAUGACAUAAGUAUCAAAACAACAAUACAUGUAAAAUCACAGUAAAAAAUAAUAAUUAUAAAAUUUUCUAAAAGGUAGUAAAACUUGCAAAUAAGCUUGCUAACUGCAAUAACAAAGUGUGAAGUGGCAUCUAUCAACGGGUCAUCGAGCUGGCCAGAUUACACAGGGUCAAAAGCCUAUCUGAAGAGCAAUGUUUUUACGUUGGAAUGGAAGACUUGAAACAAAGGGGCUAGCCUGAUCUCUCUAGGGAGGGCAUUCCAGUGUCAGGGCCCCACCACAGAGAAGGCCCUCUCUCUCAUCCCCACUAACCGUAUCUGAGACGGUGGUGAGACCAAAAGAAGGGCCUUCCCAGCAGAUCUCAAUGUCCAUGCUGAUUCAUAGAAGGAGAUGCAGUCUCAAAGAUAGGUUGGACCUGAAGAAUAUAGGACUUUAUAGGUAAUCACAUGCACUUUGAAUUGGGCCCAGAAACUUGUCAGAAGCCAGUGGAGCUGCUUUAAAAGAGAUGUGGUAUGCCACCUAAAGCUCGCCCUGAUUAGUAAUCUGGCUGUUGACCUUUGCACUAACUGCAGGUUCUAAGUUGUCUUCAAAGGCAGCCCCACAGAGAGUGCAUUACAGGAGCCCAUUCUGGAUGUAACCAAGGCAUCGACCACCAUGAUCAAGUCAGGCUUUUCAAGAUAUGGUCACAGCUGGUGCACAAGUUUUAACUCUGCAAAGGCCCUCCUGGUCACUGCCGACACCUGGGCCUCCAGGCUUAGCAAUGAGUCCAGGAGAACCCCCAGACUGUGAACCUUUGUCUUCAGGGGGAGUGUAACCCCAUUGAGCUCAGGUUGCUACCCUAUGCCCUGAUUUGCCUCACAACUGACUAGAAGAACCUCUAUCUUGUCUAAUUAAGUCUCAGCUUGUUGACCCUCAUCCAGUCUGUCACAGCUGCCAGGCACUGGUUUAUGAUCCAGGGAGCUUUCCUGGAAUUAGUUGGAAAAGAGUGGUAGAGUUGUAUGUCAUCUGUGUAGAAAUGGCACCCAACUCCAAAACUCUGGAUGACCUACAAGAAACCAGUCUGACAGUUAGAAGUUUGUCCUCCUAUGCCUAUUAGAACAUGCUUCACGAAAUAUUUCUUUGUUGAGUCAUGUACAAAACAUUUAUCUGUUCUUCUCAAAGCAAAACAAAAAACAUAUAUGCAUUCUGCAUAAGCAGACUUGGUUUAUAACCAGCAGUAGAUUAUGAUGCAAUCAUAUGCUUUGGUGCAAAACUCAUUGGACACAGUAAAUCUGGUUAGGAUUGUGCUUGCAGUAGAGAGGCCAAUCAAUGAACAGGAUUAUUUCCCAUCUUGUUUUUCAUGAAACAGGGAGAGAGGUUCAUCAUAAUGUGGUUUGAAGUUUGGAACAUGGGAAAGGAGAGGACUGCUUAAACCAGGUAAACUAUAGGCACUAUGUAGCAAUGGGAAUUGAAUAAUGAUUUCUUGAUACUAGGCCAUAUUGGGAACUUUUUGAGUAGGAAAAACGGAUCAUAUCAGUUAUGUGUAUAUUAAAGAUGAAAUAAACUAUUUGAAGAGAAUGUGUAAUUGAGGAUCAGAUGCUGUGGAAGGGUGCAAUGAAGUUUAUGUUUCUUAGACUUCCUGAAGUGGUUUUCCCCUGUGUAUGUAAUGUGAAUCCAGGAGACUUUUGAUUAUUAGCUGGAGUGUUUAAACUAUGCCUUCAUCUAUGUUCAACCUGUCCUGUACAAUUAUAAAUAAAAAUCAAUAUAACAAAA